AUGCUGGACAAGGACGGGGCGGGCGGCUGGUACACGACCCACAUCGACGGCCAGGCGAUCACCGACUUGGGCUCCGUGCGCGACGGCGACGGGAACAUUCGCAUCGUCGUGCAUUCCGGCCUGAGCGAGCGAGCGCCGGAGGUGACCGACUUCCUUACGAAGGCCAGGCCGACGGACGCCCUGAUCGACGAGCUCUCGGCGCUGAUUCGUGGAGGCCGUAUCGGGAUCAAGCCGACCACCCAGGCGAUCAAGUUCCUGAAAAACCACGAGAACAUCUGGAGCAGGUGGCUUCCGACGGAGGGUGCCGAAAAGGUGAAGGCCGCAAUCGAGUCGGGGAAGACGAGCCUCGUCAACCGCAAGUGCAUUCCCGACGGCGGUUCGGGCGCCGGCAGCCCCAACUGCGGCACCUAG